UUAUUAUUAAGUGCGUGCAAGAAAAAGAAAUACACGUCGUCGUCGUCGACGUUGUCAACACAACAACAACCAAUCAACGAGUUUUUCACAUCGUCGUGUUGCGUGCACGUGGUUUUUUUUUUUUCAACGAUUAUAAUUAUUAAGUGUGCAAAAAGAAAAAAAAAGAAAAAAAAAGGAGUUGUUUUAUUAAGUACAAGAAAUAUUAAUUAAAAGGAAGAACACGCGUUUGUUUCUACGAGGAGAGAAUAAAAAAAUAUAUAAGAGAGAGAGAAAUAGAAAAAGAAGAAGAAGAAGAAGACAAAAAAAAAAGGAAUUUUUCUUUUACAGUUUGUUCUAUUUUACUUGUUUCAUUUGUUUGUUUCUCUCUUUCUCACUCGUUCAUACCAACCAACACAGCAACGUUGUUUCUCAUCCUUAUCUUACUCUAAUUAAAAUAGAGAAGAAGAAUUUUUACAAGUAUAAUAAAAUUAUUUAAGUGGUGUGAGAUUUUGGUGUGUUCGCGCAAAAGAAAGUGCCCAUCCAGCCAGUCCGGUUGUUUUUAAUAUAUAUAUGUAUAUGUAUGUAUAUAUAUACAUAUAUAUUAAUAUAUAUAUAUUAUAUCAUCGGUCCUAGUGGUUGUGUGUCGUUAUACAGUGCCGUCAAACGAUACCACAACAUCCGAUCCCAAAUGAAGAGUUCGGAGCAAAAUGGUUAGAGAGACACGUCACCUGUGGGUUGGAAAUCUGCCGGAAAACAUCCGAGAGGAUCGUAUAAGAGAGCAUUUCAAACGGUAUGGACGCGUGCAGAGCGUCAAGUUGCUGCCGCGGGGCGAAGUGUGCCCUGUGGACGGAGGUUCCGGUGGUUCCCUCGGGGAGGGCAACGAGGGUGGUUCCGGUUCCAGUUCCGGCAGCGGCGGGGGCGGCGGCAACGGGGGUGGUGGUUCCUCGAUUAACACCGGGGGCGCCUCCGCGACGGUGGCGUUCAUGGAUAUCAAGUCCGCAGCGAAGGCUCACGCGACUGAGCACACUCUGGACGAACGAGCCCUUACGACACAAUACUACGAGCCCCAGCAUCUUCAACAUAGAUUUCCCUCGCACGGAAGUUCGGAGGAUCAUGGCUCGAGUGGCGGCAGUGGUUCCGGAAGUGGAGGCGGAGGAAACGUCGGCGUCGUCGGGGGUGGUGUUGGGGUCGUCGUCGGAAGUAGCGGGAGUAUCGUCGGAUCUGGUGGAGUCGGCGUCGUCGGUGGAGUCGGCGGAGUCGUCGGAGGCAGUGGUGGUAACACAGUUGGCAUUAGCAGCGGCGUCAGCGGCAGCGGUGGCAGUGGCAGCGGGGGCGGCGUUGGCGUCGGCGUCGGCGGCAGCGUCGUUGUCGGUGGCGGUGGCAGCGAAAGUAGUUUCGUCGAGUCCAGGAGCUCACACGUUGGUUCUCACGGAGGUUCCCACGGGGGUUCCCACGGGGGUUCCCAUGGGAGUUUCUACAGCGGAGGCGGGGGUGCCGGGAGUGGAGGCGGUGGCAGCAACGCUGGCAGCGGCGGCGGGGUCGGCGGAGCAGGAAGCGGAGUCGUCGUUGUUCAAGGCCACCCAGUCGAUCCUAAUAGCGGUGAUCCUGGUGGCUACAUACCACGUGGACGUCCACCACCUGGUAGCUCUUACCACGUGACGUCGAGCAGGGCGAGGGAUCGGCUUUACCCGAGGACAGGCCCUUACGGCUCCGGGCCGCCACCCCCGCCCCAUUUAGAUCGUCAUCGGCCACCGUCUUCCUGGUCUUCUGCCUAUGAGUCAGCUGCUUCAUCGAGAUAUGGUAAUGCACCUCCACCACCUUCACCGGCUACCAACGAUUCCUACCAAGAUGAUCAAGGUGGCGGAGGCGUUAGUAGUAGCAGUGUUCACCGACAGCACAAGAAGCAACGUAGAAAAUCUCGAAGCGGUAGCAGCUCGCCGAGCGGUAGUAGCCGUUCCGGAAGUAGCAGUAGUAGUCGAAGCGGCAGUUCCGCUGGUAGCACAUCUGCUGCAAGCACGUCACCAGGAAGCUCACCGCAUCGUACUGGAAAUGCUGUCGCAGUCACCGAGGAUCGCAGGCCAUUGGCGAUCUGCGUUCGGAACCUUCCUGCUCGCAGCAGCGACACUUCCCUCAAGGAUGGCCUUUUCCAUGAAUAUAAAAAGCAUGGGAAGGUCACGUGGGUGAAGGUUGUCGGUGCAGCGGGCGACAGAUACGCUCUGGUUUGUUUCAAGAAACCCGAGGACGUAGAAAAAGCUCUAGAGGUCUCCCACGACAAACUAUUUUUCGGUUGUAAGAUCGAAGUUGCGCCUUAUCAAGGAUACGACGUCGAGGACAACGAGUUCAGGCCAUACGAAGCUGAAUUAGACGAGUAUCAUCCCAAAGCAACUAGGACGUUAUUUAUUGGGAAUCUCGAAAAAGAUGUCACCGCAUCUGAACUCAGGAAACACUUUGAGCAUUUUGGCGAAAUUAUCGAAAUUGACAUAAAAAAGCAAGGCGCUGUUUCGAGUUAUGCAUUCUGUCAGUAUUCAGACAUCGGUAGUGUCGUUAAGGCCAUGAGAUCUAUGGAUGGUGAACACCUAGGUGCGAAUCGUAUCAAACUUGGAUUUGGCAAAUCUAUGCCAACCUCCUGCGUUUGGGUGGACGGAAUAGGAGAUUGCAUGUCGGAAAAAUACCUAAACAUGCAGUUCUGUCAGUUCGGUCCUAUUACGCAAAUCGUUUUGGAUCGUGAGCGUGGCCACGCGUUGGUUAACUUCGAACAAAUAAGCUGUGCUCAGGCUGCCGUUAAGGAAAUGAGAGGAGUCGCACUUCGUGGACGUCGUCUUCAAGUGGACUUCGCUUCCAGAGAAUGUCAGGAAACGUUCUACGAACAUCUGGAACGACAAGGAGUUUCUGGUGAAAAACCUUGGGACACCAGGCCGUCACCGGCAACAACCUUCGAUGUUGCGAUUCAUUACAGGAGGGAACGUAGCAGCUUUGAAUCAGCAGUUACAGUAUCAAAUUCGGGCGGUCGAUUUACGCGUUACGAUACACCCCCAAGAUCAAGGACAACUAGUAGUUACUCUCGUACUUCCGGUGGUGGUAGCACGCCAGGGGCCAGUCCAGCUCAUCCAACGGCGAUGUCUCGUAGCAGCAGACGGUCCUACCAAGAUUCAUACUACGACGGUGAUUACAACGACCCGACGCCACGCAGAUUCCGAAGUUACGACGAAUUCAGCCAAGGAAGCGGAGCCAGCCACGACGAUUAUCAGAGCAGCGUUCUAAGCGACGGCAAACUCAACGACGACGAUUGUCCACCACCCCCGUCGUCACGGAGGCAUACUGUCCAGAGUGUUGUUACCAGCGUGGAACCACCAGUUCCACCACCACCCAUCUUACCUCCGCCCGACAUCAGGCAUCUUCAAAAAGAGCGAGUUCAUUUGUUGGAACAGCUCGAGGAGUGUCACAGCAGCGGCGACGAAGUUGGUUUUGCACCUAAGAAACGAGUCAAACUGGAUGGAAGUUCAACAACUAUACUAUGCGAGGACGAUGAACCUGAAAUAGCAUCCUUGAUGGUAACUUCUCAUUCCGGUAGAAAAGGCAUGGACGUUAGACGCGUAAGUGACAGCAAAGUGGUGGUGCAUCAUAGUAUGAGAAGAAGUAGCUGCGAGGGCAGGGGUCCAGGACCUUGUAAGCGACGUCGAGAUACUUCUAGCAGACAUCACGAGCAUCACGAUGGAUCACGACCAGGAACGCCUCUCGUCGAUGAAAGACCGGAGAACCUUGUGCCGAGUGAACCAAGAAGAUUUCGUGAAAGGAGUCACGAGGGUCCUCUUUCGUUACCUCUGCCAAGGUUCGCGACUCAGAUGCUGAACAACAACAAUACCAGUAACAGCAACAACAACAACAACAAUAACAACAACAACAACAGCAGCAACAGCAACAGCAGUAGCAGCAACGCAAGAUCUAGCAGCAGCAAUUUAAAAGUCACUAGUCCACCCUGUGCCAGUAGUGGGCUCUCAGUUGUAGUAAGCCCUUGUACGGCACCUCAGCCACCAGCCUCGCCACCGCCUAGACAUUUAAGCCUAAGUCCAACGAGUUCCGACAGUGAGACAGCGCCCCAGUCUCCUAGUCUCGAAGAGAGAAUACGUUCCCUCGACGAGAAAUACGAAAAGUGGUCGGGCUCGAGAGCUUUAAGUGCAGCCGGUGGCGAUGCUUUGGCUAAACUUGACGCAAGCGCUUCGGAACGUUUUAGAUUCCGGCAUAAACUUUUAGACAUGGAUCUAAACGAAGUGCAACCAUCGGAUAUAGUGAAAUCGGUUCUCGCGAAAAGGAGUGUGUUCGACGAGGAUUCGAAACGACUCGAGAAUUUCAGUGAAAAAUAUGAACCUAAAGAAUUUACGGGCGUCAUUGGCGUCAGUUCGAUGAUCGGUAGCACGGCUGGGUUAACUUCUAGCGGGGGUUGUACCAGCAAAGUUUGCCUCCAAUAUCCAUUUCCUAGUCAUCCACCGGUGCAACUGACCAGUACCUCAUCUGUUAGCAGUCACAUCGGUGGUAGUAGUACGAUGCUCUCGACGAGCAUGGUUCCGUCAAUGUUAAAAACGACUGAUCCACGCUCGACGAUGCAGCACAAUUGUGUACACCCAACCCCAGCGACACCGAUCACGCCGGGCACGUCGAUCAAAACCGUCAGUCCGGAAUUACCACCAGUUUCUUUACCUAUCGGUCCUGCAACUAGCGGAACGGCAGCAAGCAGUGGUAAUAAUAGCGGUUUAGGGUCGGUCAGUAGCCUUCUUAGUGGUAAUAGUAGUAUAUGUAGUAUUCACAACCUCAGCGCCUCGACGAAUCGAGGAUUAAUUUCUAGUAAUACAGUUUUAAAUAAUUCGUCGUCGUCGUCAUCAUCGUCGUCGUCGUCGUCGUCGUCGUCAGUGACGAUAUCUUCGUCAUCAUCCUCUUCAUCCUCCUCAUCCUCUAUCAUUUCUUCUUCUGUACCUCUUCCUCUUCCUUCUUCUUCUUCUUCAUCAGCUUGUUUAACUUCCUCAUCAUCAGCCUCGAUAUCAGCAUCUUCUUCAGUUUCCUUCUCAGCAACGGCAGCGUCAACAGCAGUAGCAGCAGCAUCAUCAACAACAGCAGCAACAGUAGUAACAUCAUCAUCCGGUGUUACUGCGGCAACGACGAUGAUUUUAACAACAGCAACAUCGACAAUAUCGAUACCAACCAUUUCCUCGUCAGGCACAACACAACAACAACAACAACAGCAAUCGAGCGGUCAAUACCAUCAAUCUUCCUUGACAACAACCGCUUCCUCUUCGGUGCCAUUGUCUUCCACGAUAUCGUCCACGUUCAGCAGUAGCAGCAGCAGCAGCACGUCUUCGUUAUCCUCUUCCUCGGUCGACAUAAUUCGUGCUCGAUUACGAAAAGAGAUUGGCAUAAGUAGUAGUAGUAGUAGUAAUAAUAGUGGUAGUAGUAGUACUGGUAAUAGAGAAAGAAGAGACUCUCGAGAAGGUAGAGAAUCGAAACACAGUAGUAAAAGUAAAGAUUGUCAGAGUCGAAGAUCGAGAAAGGAGGAAAUUGAUCGGAAGGAGAAGGAAGAUAAGGAAACUCCUAGUAGCAACAGCAACAAUUCUGACGUCAAUGAAACCGAUAAUAAUCACAGUAGAGAUGUUAAAGAGACAAAGGAGACAAGGUACGAGAGGAGAGAACGAGAGGAUAAGGAAAGAAGAGAGAAAGACGAUCGGGAGAGACAGGAACGAAGAGAUAAAGAAGAUCGUGACAGACAGGAACGCAAGGAACGAGAGGAAAGAGAAAGAAGAGAAAAGGAUGAGGAACGUAAGGAAAGAGAAAGAUUAGACAAGGAACGUCAGGAAAAGGAUAGGAGAGAACGGGAGGAACGAGAAAGGGAAAAGAAGGAAAGGGAGGAAAAUGAAUUUAGGGAAAAGGAGAGGAGGGAGAAGGAACGGUUGGAACGUGAGAAGAGGGAACGGGAAGAAAAGGAGAGGCAAGAUCGUAGGGAACGCGAGGAAAGGGAGAGAAGGGAUAGGGAGGAACGGGAAAGGAAGGAACGUGAAUUGCGUUUGGAAAGGGAGAAACAAGAGAAGGAACGUUUGAGAAAGGAACGUGAGGAACAGGAAAGGCGAGAUAAGGAAGAACGGGAGAGAUUGGAACGGGAUAGGAGAAGGGAGGAAAAGGAACGCAUUGAUAAGGAGAGGAAACGGGAGAGGGAGGAGAAGGAACGUUUGGAACGAGAGAGGCGGAAGGAGAAAGAGAAAGAGGAACGGGAAAGAUCGGAAAAGGAAAAGCGUGAGAAGGAGGAAAGGGAAAGGUUAGAAAGGGAAAAACACGAACGUGAAAAGAGGAGAGAACGCGAAGAUCAAGAAAAACGGGACAAGGAGAAGGUUGAGCGAGAAAAGAGGAGAGACAGGGAGGAAAAAGAUAAGGAAAAACGUGAACGCGAAGAAAGUAGGCGUCAACCUACCGAUAAUCAUCUUCAUCAAUCGGUUAAUGUACAAUCUCAAAAUCAACAAUCUUCGCCAGCUCCAGUACCGACAAAACGAAGGUUCUCGUCCCAAGAUUGUUCCACCGAAGAUGAUAGCAGCAAACGUAUGAAGAUCUCGGAUCAUCGCAGAGAUAGCAAAGACCGGCCUAGACAAAAUAGAAAAUCUGAGGAUCGUAAACAUCGUAAUGACUCUCAUCGUUCUAGUCGAGAAAGUAGGGAAAGUCGGGAGAGUAAGGAUAGCAGUGGAACCGUUCAAGAUUCUAGGGAAACUACUCACACAGAUAUAAGGGAAUCUACAAGAGAAAAUAGAGAUAAUAAUAGAGAAAGUGUUAAAGAAAAACAAAGGAGUAAAAGAAGAUCGGAAAAAGAAUCGAGAGAACGUAGUCCUAGGGUUUGUCAGGAAGCUGAUAAAGAAUUCCUAUCAAGAUUAGAACUUUCUAAACGUAGCGAAACAAGUUCACCGAACGAUCAAACUUCUACCGGUUCGCAUCAUACGAGAGAAUCGUCACAAUUCCAUCAACAACAACAACAACAGCAGGCUUCGUUGAAUCAACACAGCGACGUUGACGAUGGUCCAGGACACGACAUGCAAGUUGCAAGACAUCCUUCUGCAACUGACACGGAUAGCGACGAGCCUAAAAAACAUUCGAUAUUUGAUAUCGUUGACGAUGAACCUGCUUAUAUCAGUAUGUACGAUAAGGUUAAGGCACGUUCGACCAAAAACAUGCAGAAAAUGGAAGAGAAAAGGCAAGUGCGUUUGAAGGAUAAAUUUUCACAGUUAAAACAAAGUAGAGCUAGACGGGAAGAAAAGAAACAGAGUACAUCUUGGGACGGUGAUUCGGUUAGUAGCAAAGCUUUAACCGAAGACGAGGCAACAUCUGAAUCCGACUCGGCUAGAGCUAAAUCUUUAUCAAGAAAGGGAUCACGUUCGCGGAUUCAUUCGGACACUAGCGAAGAAGAAGAAUCAUUUAACAACAAAGUUCGGAAGAACGUUAAGGCAGAUAGAUUUCUUGAAAGUGACGUUGAUCUUGGAUUUGCUGAUACUGAAGAAAAACAAAAUCCUUUGGAAACCAGUAAUGUUGUUAUUAACAGUGUACAUACCAAUACAAAAGAAGAAGUACGUACUUCUGAUGACGAUGAAAGAGUUUCUUAUCAAACGAGUCAUCCAACGAUAGUCGUUAAUAAUCACGAAAGAGAUUCGCGCAAGAAAUCACAUAAAAAGAAACAAAAACGUCAGAAAAAUUCGGUAUCUAGUGAAGAAAGUUCUAAAUUGGAAUCAACUGAAACUACGGAUCACAAAAAUAAGACUAAUGUUGUUAUAUCGACUGAUACGGAGUGUCGUGCGAAUCAUACAACCGAAUCUGUAACGAUCAGUAGUACACCAACGACAACACCGGUUGCAACUAUUGACAAUGCAGAGGAAAAAUUACGUGCCGAUAAAAAACAAAGAACGAAGAAAGAUAAAAAAAGAGAAAGAAACGGAGAAGACAAGGUCAAAGCGAGAAGAAGGAGACUGAAUAGACAAGAAGCUAGAGAUUCGCAAAGGAUGGAAGCUAUUUUUGGUCCUCUUUCUGAUGACGUUGACGAUCCUCAACCUCCAGACACAUUUUUUGAUAGACUUAGCAAUAUGACAUCUGAAAAUAACGCUUACGUUUCUGACAGCGAUGGUGAACGUAGUCCAGUUUUAGAUGUCGAAAGAGUUAGAAGAAAAACAGAAAAAAAGAGACAGAGGCAUCACCAGGAGGAUGAAAAUAGCGUUGACCUUGCUGAAGCUGGACGAGAAAUCGAAGCUAAACUGUUAGGUCUACCAAACUCACCAAAAUCUGCAGUCGCGUGUACGGAGUCCAAUGAACACGAUGUUUUCCGUUUCACCGAUGACAAUGACAGUGUUGAACCAUCUACUCCCACUACAGUACCUGAAAAGGUUAAAGAAAAGAAAAAGAAACGUAAGAAAUCGAAGGAAGAACGUAGUAGAAAAGAUUAUCAUCACCAUCAUCAUCACCAUCACCAUCAUCACGAAAAAACUGGAGAGUUACCUUAUCUUGGAGCUGAUCCAAGUCCUCCAAGAGCAAGCAGUCCUCUCAUUCCGAAAACGUAUUCUCCAAUUUUGCCAGCUCUCAAAGAAACUCUGUUAAGUCCUAUACCCAAAGUGGUUACGUCAAAUACAUCGACUGUUUCAACUAUCAGUGCUCCCGUUGUAACUGGUGUCAUUCAACCACCAAAGCCUGAAAAGAAGAAAGACAAAUUUAUACCUGGUUUUGGAAUAGAAAUAGAUGAAACUAUUCAUGAAAAUGCGGUCAAAAGUAUCUCGGAACCUGAAGAACGUGAAAGUGGUGGUAAUCAAUCUCGUAACGGCAGAGAUGAAACAGAAACUUCGUCGACAACACCGCCUGCUCAGAAUGAGGAUAAACCAAGGGUUGCUAUAUCACAGGAAGAAACUGAGGAUGCUGUUGCAGCUUUAUUAGAAGAAACUUUCGGCGGCUCAACCGAAGAUUUCUCCUAUGAAGGUGAAGAGGAAGAUAAUGAAGUAGACGGUACAACCGGACCACAAACCGAAGCACCUCAAGAGGAUGUAGAAGAAAUGCAACAGGCGGUGGAAAGUUUGAAUGCUUCGACAGUCGAAGGUGAAGAUCUCAAACCUGAUACACCUACAAGUGAACAUGAUCUUCAAAUAGAUACAGACACGGAGGAAGAUCCGAAUUACGAGAACUUUGAUUUAACACAACCACCGAAAACACCAGAUAUUCCAUCAUUUUAUAAAUCACCAACUAAGACAACACCAACCACCGUCACGCUUGCUAUCGUUGCAGCAGAGAAACCAACGGAAGCUCGUCUACCACACAAUCCUGUCAUUCCAAAAUCACAAAACUCUCCAAAUUCGGUUAUAGCACAUUCUUGGAACCUUAAUGAACAUAAAACAGCUCGUGAUACAACAAAAAAUGUACAAAUGGAUACUGUGGAGCCUAGUGUGACGAUAGCCAGUCCAGAAAGAGUUUCCCAAUCUCAUCGAACUUCAACAUCCUCACCACCAACGUACAAACAACCUAUGUUGGGAUCCUGUAAUGUACCAAUCGCUAAUGAAACAUCACGAAUUUCAGCAGCUAGUCCAAGACCUUCGUCGAUUAACGUACAACCACUGUAUCAAAGGCUACCAGUUUCACCACAAUCUCAAAUGGUACCAAUGCGUCAAGCUUCUCCAAGAAUGCAAAACGUUUCCACUCCGUCUUCGUCAUCACCAUCGAGUAUAACGCCUGUACCACCACUCGUUCCAUCACUCGUUCCAUCAAGAAUACCACCUUUGAUAUCAUCACAAUUAUCUCCAAGAAUUCCACAACCACUGUCACCGAAUGGACAAUGGUCACGAAGUUCUACGAUGAGUCCUCACGUGUCUACCGUUGGAAAACCUUCACCACCUCCAGCUAGAAUCGCAGUGAGUGUUCCUAUUUCUGCACAUAGACCGGAAGUAACGGUACAACAGAUCUAUUCGACUGCUGCAACUCAACAACCAGUGAUUCAACACGCGGCAGGUUUGAGACCACUCAAUCCUAAUUACCCUAGAGGUGGUUUGCCGCCAUUGACAUUAAAUAUUCCACCACGUCCUUAUAUGCCAGUACCACCAUUGGCACCAGGUAUACAAGUUAAAAGUUCGAGAGAUUCAGCUGUUUUAGGCAACAAAUCUGUUAUUGAGACAUUACUUUCUGUCAAUCCAAACGAACUACCACAAAGAUUAGAGGAGCCUAAAUUAUCGCCUGCUGUUAUACCAGAAUCUACGAAUAAGGCCUCGACUUCUCCAAAAGUUCCUUCGCCUAAUCAACCACCCACGUAUAUACCAGAAACGGCUAAAAUUGAAAUUAGUGCUAGUACGUCUACUCCAGCAUUUGGAAAAUCAAGUAGCAUAACGGAAAGCAGUUCUUUACAGUCAAGAUCUCAAAAACAAAUAUCUGCGUCUGUAACAGGAGAUAACAGUGUACUUUCACCACGACCUAAACAAGAAUUAUCCAACGUACAAUUGUUAACAACUCACGUACCACAUUGUUCUACACCGAGUCCUGUAAUUAUAGCUCAUGGACAAUCCCAUAUAGUCCAUAAAUCUAUGGUACAUAGUCUAGGACCAUCCACGGUCUCUUCUUCUAAUCAAUCGUUAAUUAAAACUGUAGUACCAAUAGUAUCUCAACAAUUAACAACAACAGUACAAUCCACAACGGCCAGUGAUAAGAGCAGCAUUUCACAGACAACCACUGUUUCUUAUUCUAAUUCUCAAAAAAUGUCACCUUGUCCACCAGUAACUUCAAUUUCCAAAUCUCAUUUACCGGUUGGUCCUCCAGUUUCACAAUCGAUAAUAACCAGAGUCGUACCAACGACUGUAUCAACUGUAUCGACUACUUCGAUGUCCGAUAAUGUUCGAGAAUGCAUAGAACAACCACGUGUGGUACAACAAACAGAAAAAUCAGCGACAGAUUCUGAAGUACAAAUAGGGCAAACUGCUCAACCUAUGCAAUUAACACCACCGAUACAAUCAAGCCAACCUAUCGAAAUUACUAAACAAGAGCCGCCAGUUGAUAUAAUAAAACAAGAGGAUGCAACGUUGAAGGAAGAAAUGAAAUUUAAUAUACCAAAAACAGAAACACCUUUGGAACAAUCGUGUGAUAUUGAUAUUAAACCUAAAGAAGAAAAACAUGAAUUUGUCGAAUCAGAAAAAUUAGUAUCCAUUCCUAAGACAGAAGUAUUGAAUAUUCUCAUACCAAAACUUGAAACAGAAACAACUAUAAAAUCAGAGAUUGUAAACGAAGUGAAAGAGGAAGAAUAUGAAGAAGAGGAAGAGGAGGAAACUGUGACCAAGGAAAAUGAAGAGGUUGAAUUGGAUGAAGAACCAGUAGAAGAUCCAUUGAAAGAACCAAGUACAGAUCCGCUAGCUAUUGAUGUGUCGAAAGAAGAUCCAACUGAUAGUAAAGAAGAUAGCGAUUAUUGGUCAGCCAAGGAAGUAAAUAUAGAAAGUGUUAUAAAGAAAGUAGAUGCCUUGUGUGAUGGCGAAGGUAACGAUAAUGAAGGUAACGAUGCUGAAGAUAAUCAAGAAAAUAAUCAAGAAACUCACAAUAAUUCUGUGGAAACUGUUAAAAGUGAAUCCGAUUGGUUCCAAGCUGAAACAACCGAGGAAGAAAGUAAAAAGAACACGACAACAGCUAAUGAAGAACAAGAUGAAGGUGUUGAAACUUGUGAGGCAGAAUUAACGAGUCGUCGUCGUGGUAGAUCAAAAGCUAGACGAGGUGGUAGCAGUCGUGGUGGUGUUAGACGUGGUAGAACAACUACUGCAACUGCACACAAAAGAGGUGGAAGAGCACCAAGAGGUAACAAACAUCACGUUGCACAUAAAUUACCCUAUGCCGACGUUUACGAAUUUCAUGACGACAGCGAAGAGGAACAUCCUGGUCGUCCUCGUUUAAUUCUUACCAUUAAAUCUGGUCCUAACACAGAAUUACCAAUGGAAGACGUGGUUUCACCGGCUACCAAUACGAGAAAAUCUAGAAGGUUAGCUGAAAAAGAUGGUAGUAGGAACACGAUUGACGACGUUAUCGAAGAUGUUGUUCGUGGACCGUCAAAUAAAAAUUUUUCGAGUGGAAAUAUACAAAACAUGCAUACCACGAGAAGAAGUACAAGGCACAAUAAUGCACCGCGUAAUGUACAAACAACACAGCCUAAAGUGCAAGUUACGGAAUCUCGUAAAUCACCAAGAGGUAGUCGCAAAGCAACGAGAAGGACUUCAGAAAAUAAUGAGGAUAGCGGAGAAGAGAAAUUUAUUAAAUUGGUUGUUACCCCGCCAAAGAAAGUUGAGAAUAAAUAUGAAAGUCCUGUUGCUGAAGAAUCCAAUCUUAAAGUGGAAGAAAGUAAUCCAACUUCGACGCCACCUGAACAGAAAUCUGUAUCUCUUGAACCAACGACAUUGAUUGAUCCAGUUACAGGAAUGUUAAUAGCAAUGAGGGAAUCGGAGGAAGGUCAAUAUAUACCAGUCAGUACGUCAGCUACUCAACAACAAACUACUACCAAAACAAUUAGUGAAGGCCGAAGUACUACUGCAACAGUCAAAGAAAGUUCGAUCAAUGAAUCAUUGCAAUCAAAACCAUCGUUCGAUAAUAACAAAACAGAAAUUCAUGAAGAGCCGAAAAAAGAACAACCUAUGGAAACUGUAUCUUGUCCACCAAUACAAAAUCAAGUAAUAUCUUCGCAAGCUAGUGUUAUUACCAAACCACAAUCUCCAAUGGUUCAAACUUCUUCUACCAUUACAGUCGUGCCGUCAUCUACGACAUGUACGACUGUGACAACGAUGUCAACGAUACCUAGCGUGACUCCAUCGCAACCAAUAUCAACUACUGUUACACAGAAUAAACCUACGAGUUUGAAAGCUCAUGUAUUGAAUGCUAGUAAAUUAUCAACACAACAACAACAACAACAAAUUGUUAUUACAAAGCCUGUAGUUCCAACAUUACCAAACCAGACAGUUGUUCAAAAUAUUAUAAAACAACCGGCUCAAGCGAUACAAAGUCUUCAUUUGCAAAUUCCUGGUGGCAGAGUAGUCUCGCCCAAUUUGAGUCCAUGUACUAAACAAGUUAGUUCAGGAAAUACGAAACAAGGACAACCAAUGUCACCAGUGCUUAAUAAUACGGGUGUACCACCAAAUCCUAAGCAACAUCUUCUGCAGGCAGCGAAACAACAACAACAACAACAACAGCAACAACAACCAUCCACCAUAAUAAACAUGUCUCAAAAAUUACCGAUCAACGUUCAUCCAGCCAGUGUUGUAUCUGCACCAGCUCAGAGAAUACAUCAUCCAGUUUCUCAACCAGUAACAGCUAAAGGUAUCAAUGGGCAACCACAUCCGCUCAAUCCAAAGGCUCAUUUAUUACAAGCAGUAGUACCAACAAUGGUAACUGGAGCAGUUGCAAGUCCUCCAACACAACCACAUCUUGUUGGUCCUCAGACUGUUCCAGCACCUGUAGGCUGUCCACGUCCACCUGGACCGAAACCUCAGGUAACUGGUACUAUGGAACCUCCUAAAGUAGAAGUCUCUAUGUCUGGUUGCAUUAUGGUACCCAGUGCAAGUCCUCAGAGUCGCGGAGUACCAAUACCAACUUAUGAUGCAUCUAUGCAUGGGAGUGCAGGUACUGCUCCAUCACCAGGUGCCCAAUAUAGUCUUGUACCUCCACAUCGUGCUCAGAGUCCACCAUUACCUCCACCUGCUCAUCAUCAUGCUAAUGCAUCACAGAGUGACGUCAUUGUUAAUCAUUAUGGUGGAUUAUCACGUACUACUGAGUUACCACCUCCACAUUACAUGCAUACACAAGUUUUACAAUAUCAAUUAUUACGUGCCCAACAAGAAGCUUUAACACCACGUAUAGCUUAUCAUAUUCCAGGAACAAGAUCACCUCAUUUGCCAUUAGAUCCCAAACUAGAAACUGGUAUAGAAGAUAGUCACAGUCCACCUUUGGAAUUAAGAAGAAAUACUAGAACUACUCAAGAACGUACAACAGAUAGUCCACAAGUUGCACAAGUUUACAUGCUUCAUGGAAGUACGCGAUUACCACCGCCACCACCUCAAUAUAACGCCGGAAGUAAUCCAUCUUUGGCUGCACCAACUACAACAAGAGGAGGUUAUUACGAGCCACCACCUGCUCAUAUACGUUCUCAAUAUCCUAUGCCUGCUAGCGAGGCUCCUACAGACAAUGAUAUUGCACCUGACAGACCAAAAAAACAUCAGGUGGUAACACCACCUCACGCAUCACAAAUACCGCCUCAAGCAGAUUCAUUUCAAAUGUUACUUCAACGUUAUCCCGUUAUGUGGCAAGGUUUGCUUGCCCUUAAGAACGAUCAAGCUGCAGUACAAAUGCAUUUCGUUUUUGGUAAUCCUAAUGUAGCUAGGGAAAGCUUACCUUGUAACAAUGACGGUUCUACUCCACCAUUGCGUAUCGCACAAAGGAUGAGACUCGAACCAACUCAAGUAGAAGGUGUGGCGAGAAAAAUGCAGACUGAUAACGAACAUUGCAUGUUACUCGCAUUACCGUGCGGACGCAACGAGGUAGAUGUAUUACAGCAAAGUAAAAAUCUUCAAACCGGAUUUAUCAUGUAUCUGCAACAAAAACAAGCCGCAGGAAUUGUUAACAUCGCUGCUCCAGGUUCACAACAGCCCGCAUACGUGAUACAUAUAUUCCCAUCGUGCGACUUCGCAAACGAGAGUUUAGCGCGCAUAGCACCGGAUUUGCUUCAUCGUGUCUCCAAGAUCUCCCAUUUGCUUAUCGUCAUUGCCACGGUUUGAGACUGGACAUCAUUUUGUAUGAACAAAUUAUAUCUUAUUGGUAUAUUUUCUACCUAAUUUUGCGCACCAUGAGUUGGGAUGCUACACGUAAGAACUGAAAUAUAUGGCAUGAAGCCUUCUGAGGUAUUCCAGUCAUGUGCAGAAUUUCUAAAAAGAUAAGAAAAUGGAGAAAAAGGGAUAGAAAA